AUGGCUACAAUACAGCGUGUCUUGCCUUGGCCCUCUGCUGCACCACGUGCUCUGCUGCACCACGUGCUCUGCUGCACCACGUGCUCUGCUGCACCACGUGCUCUCUGCUGCACCACGUGCUCUCUGCUGCACCACGUGCUCUCUGCUGCACCACGUGCUCUCUGCUGCAUGCUGGAAUUGUGCUCCUUGCAGAAAUUCUGCUCCUUACCUCCCACUCCUUCCUGUGGGUGUGUGUGCGCAUGUCUGCAGGCGUCCCAGCUGGAGACAGCACAAGCAGAGAGUGCCAGAGGGAGUGGAGCAGGGCAGGGUGGGCAGGCGUAUCCUGAUAAGGAGCCACAGCCAUUCCCUUGGAGGGAGCGUCAGCACCAUUUUCCUGAGAGGGAUCAUCAGCAGCAAUUCCCUGAGAGGGAGCAGCAGCAAUUCCCUGAGAGGGAGCAGCAGCAAUUCCCUGAGAGGGAGCCGCAACCAUUCCCUGAAAGAGAGCAUCAGCAAUUCCCUGAGAAGAUACCUCAUGGCAGCGGUGUGUUUGGGGAGGAGGGAGUGGUUCUUGAUCGGCCAGGGGCAGAAGAGGAGAAGAGGACUGAGGUGAAGGCGAGUGUGGGGCAAGGGAAGGAGGAUGAAGAUGAGGAUGGGAAGGAUGGUGAUGAGGGUGACGAGGAGAAGGAGGAGAAGGAGGAGAAGGACGCGGGAGGGAAGAGUGAGGGAGGGCAAAAGGGGGAUGAGGAGGAGAGUGAUGAGGGGAGUGGAGAGGGGGAAGCGGGAGGCAAGAAGGAGAAGAAAGCAGGGGAUAAGGGUGAGAGCGAGGAUGAGGAGGACGGGGAGGAUGAUGAAGAGGAUGAUGAGGAGGAAGGGGGUGGGAAGGAAGGGAAGAAGGGACGCAGUGAAGCAGGUACAGGCAGCGGGAAGAAAGCGCAGGAUGAGGAGGGGGAGAAAGAAGACGAGGAGGACGAGGAGGAGAAGGAGAAGGAGAAGGAGGCGAAGGAGGAGGCGAGGGAGGGGGAGGAGGGCUCGCAUAGCAGUGGGGAAGGAGCGGAGGAGGAGGACGAAGGGGCUGGGCCUGCAGAUGACAGUGCUGCUGGUGACGCUGGUGGUGAUGGUGGUGGUGGUGGCAGUGAGGGGGAGAACAGCAGCAGCGGGGGUGGGGAGGCCACAGGGGAGAGUGCGGGCUCGUCGGAGCAGCAGUCGGUCGCUGCCAAGGAAGUGGUGAGCACUUGCAAUCUGCUCACUGCCCGCGAAUCCCUCACUUAUUCAUCUUAUCGCUACUCCAGAAAAGUGGAGGAGGCAGCAGCGGUAGCGGCGGAUCUGGUGGGCGAGCCGAUAGACGUGGAGGGGUGUCGGGGGCGCACGGUGUACAUUCACAAGCUUUCCCUUCCCCUCUCUCCCCCUUCCCCCUCGAUUUCCCUCUACUCUGCCCCUCUUAUUCAGAAAGCGGAGGCAGCAGCAGUUGCAGCAGACCCGGUGGGAGAGCCGAUAGACGUGGAGGGGUGUCGGGGGCGCACGGUGUACAUUCACAAGCUGGCUCAGGCGUACAACCGCGGGCUCGUCGAGCAGUGCGCCACGCUGCUACCCUGGUUCUCCAUCUGCCCGCACUUCCAGAACGACGGCUUGGGAAACCGAAUCCGCAACAGCAAGCUGCUUCUACCCUCUGGCCGAUGGUUCGAGACGCACAUGUACGCCCUGGAGAUGGUCUUUCACUACAGGCUGCGCAAGGCGUACAAGUGCAUCACGAGCGAUCCAGACAAAGCAGACCUCUUCUUCAUCCCUUUCUACGCCUCCCUGGACGUGACUCGCUGGCACUUCGCCAAGAACGCGUCGUUGGACGACCGUGACCGCAUGCAUGAUGGGCUCGCCAAGUGGCUCAUGAGAAGGGAGCACUUCAAGAAGCGCAACGGAGCGGACCACUUCAUCGUGCUGGGGCAGGGCUCGUGGGACUUCAGGCGGUCAGAGGGGUCGCAGUGGGGCAACCGCCUGCUGCUGCUGCCCGAGAUGAAGCACGUGACGAAGCUAGUGCUGGCCGCCAACCUGUGGGAGGACACCGAGAUCGGCAUCCCCCCUCUCACCUUCUUCCACCCUCGCUGGGAGAAGGACUACAAGACAUGGCAGCGCAUAGCCGAGUCGCACCGGCGCACGUCGCUGGCCGCGUUUGCAUCGCUGAGGGACGCGUUCAGCAAGCACAACAAGGCACUGGGGCGGCAGUGCAAGAAAGCCAAGGCGUGCCGAUACCUGGAGUGCGUGGAGGACAUCUGCACGCGGCCAGAGGUGCUCAUGGAUCUAUUCACCGAUGCUGCCUUCUGCAUCGUACCAUCGGGCCACACGGGCGCCCGCAGGGCCGCCUUUGACGCCAUCGUGGCUGGCUGCAUCCCCGUCUUCCUCGACUCCUUCGUGCCCUCCCAGUACAAGUGGCACCUACCGGCCAACAGCAGCACCUACUCGGUGACGCUGAGUGAGAAAGCAGUGCUGGCAGGCAAGGUUGACGUCAUCAAGGAGCUCGAGAAGAUUCCAGGAAAGGAGGUGCGGCGAAUGAGGUUGAAGAUCAUAAGGGAGGUGAUGCCGGCAGUGGUGUACAACCACCCGCGCAUGUAUCCCAUGGAACAAAAGCGAGACGCCUUUGAUAUUGCUAUGGAGGAGGUGGUGAGGCGAGUGCAGCGCAACAAGCAGGCAGCUGCUGCGGCCUGA